CAGUAUGUAGGACACAAGUCACACACGCUCCACUCUCUCAAGUACUUCGUGAAUCUGAUGCAGCGCCUCCUGUAAUUUCUUCGAAUUGUUGGCGCCAGGGGCUUCGUUAGCGGGCUACUUGAGAGCACGGUGGAUUGCCGUGUGAUUCGAGGGGAUUUGGAGUUCUACUUGAGUCGAUUUGAGGCCUCCAGUUUUGGUAAGCUUGGGUUCCUUCUGCAGCGGCCACGCCCACGGCCACGGCCAGGGCCAGCAGCGUGCUCCUUCCGCAGGAAACUCUGUGUGAAUAUUACUGAGUAGUGGUUAGGUCGAUUUACGGAUCGAAAUAAGGAUCGCAAGAUAGACCCGGUUGCGCCUCCCAGCCUACUGCAUUUCUCGCUUCUUAAAGCCAGGGAUACGAGUUUUUAAAAUCCGCCCGUUUAGUAGCGUUCAGAUUAGGGAUACUUGCGGUGUAUGCUCUCUUGAGCCAGGUGCUUGGUAGGCCGAUCUUGUGUCGCGUACGCUGUUUCCGCGUCAACACGCCACGUUCUGCCAGGUCGCGUCAGGUGCGACUAGUGCAGCCGCUGGAGCAUUUUGAGACUCGGGCUUAAGAACCAGCUCCUCUGUGUCAGGCCCGCACUUCUCUCAUAGUGCUUUCUGCCAUUGCAUGAUCAAGACCCCACCCUGAGAUCUUCGGUGCGCCAGUUCUGCAGCGUUUCCUGGUUUCACAUGUCACAUCAGCCAGCCAGUUGGGAUGAGAUUCGGGCAGUCAUAAAUUACCGCCCUGCCCGCACUGCUCGGUAUGUAGCGGGCUUUGCUGUAGUGCUGGCAGUGAUGGCUGCUGGGAGAUCAGUGCUGUUGGAGGCAACUCCUGGGAUAGCGGCUAAGGUGCAGGCAAGGAAUAGAUUGAUAAUGGAGGAUGUGAAUUUUCGUCUGGGUAAAAAAACGAACUGAGUGUCAAACAUGUGUGAUUGUCAUGUUUGUAUAGACUGUAUAGGGUCAUCUCUUAGAGGGUACAAGACUUAGGUAUAUCUGUGUGUACUCUCACUGUAUCAACUA